AUGCUUCUCCUCCACCAGCUCGGCACCGUUAAGAUUGGCGAGGUCAUCCGCUACACGGUCACAUAUACCCCUUCCCAAGAUCGCAUCCUGCCCUCGCCCGAGAAGCUCUACGUCCGUAUCCGCAACACCUCGGCCAUCGCCCUGCGCGCCGCCUUCGUCCACGGGCCCUACACCCUCUCCGUCGCCGCAUACCCUGCCGGGUUUCGUCCCAACGAAAAGUGCCCCGACCCCCAGCAGUAUGGCGUCCCGGAAUUCCAGCCCAUGGUCAAGGCCGGCGGCUCCUGGGAGUGUGAGCUCAUGGUCCCCGACAAUAUACGACAGUCCGCGGGCAUCGGUGGUAGCGGCAGCACUUUUGGCAAGGACGCCGCCCACGACGCCGAGUGCGCCAGCUGGGUCAUUGAGAUCUCCUCGCAGGUCAUCUUUUCCACCUCCGCCGCCGUGUCGUACGAGGUCGUCGUCGGGCGCGAUCACAAGUCGCUGAGCCUCAGCCAACCUUCGGGCUCGUCUGCCGAAGGCAGCCGGAGCAUGCGCCCGGGCCAGUUGGCUGACCACCAGCAGAGCGUGGGCGCCAAGGAUGGCCACCACCCGGCGCAGCCCCAGGGCAUAUUCUCCCGCGCCGUGAAGCUCAAAGUCGAGGACACCGCGACGCUCUGGAACACGCCGCGGCUUCCGGGCUGGGAUGAUCUUGGCGAUAAGCGCGUUAAGGAGAACAAGGGCGCCGACAAGCCCGUCGAGAGCGUCGUCAAGACUGGCGAUCCCGAAACCGCUGAUGACAAACCCGUGCGCAAGCAGAAAAAGGUCCACCUAGUCUUGCUCACGCACGGCUUGCACAGCAACCUCGGCGCAGACAUGCUGUACAUGAAGGAGUCCAUAGACGCCGCGGCGAAGCAAGCAAAGAUAGAUGCCAAGGCUAGGCGGCAAAAGGAACGAGCCGAGGCUGGGCAGUCGGAUGAUACAUCCGAGGACGAGGAUGACGAAGAAGUUGUCGUCCGCGGAUACUCUGGCAAUGCGACAAAGACAGAGAAGGGAAUCAAGUAUCUCGGGAAAAGACUCGCACGAUACGUCUUGUCCAUCACCUACCCUGAUCAGCCCUUCAUCCCCCUCGGCAAGCCCUCUGGCGAAACCCUCAUCAAACACUUCGAUAACGAGGAUCUGCUCAAGCAGCACAUAUUCAAACAAGCACAUAAAAACAGUAAGAUCUCGGAAGACACAUCAGCGCGCGGAAAAGACCCCGCCCGGCCAUAUACAAUCUCCAGCAUAAGCUUUAUUGGACACUCGCUCGGCGGUGUCGUCCAGACGUACGCUGUCGCAUAUAUCCAGAAGCACUCCCCUAAGUUCUUCGACCUAAUCCGCCCAGUCAAUUUCAUCGCCCUGGCAUCACCCUUUCUGGGCCUGAGCAACGAGAAUCCAGUCUAUGUCAAGUUUGCCCUAGAUUUUGGUCUUGUGGGACGAACUGGAAAGGACUUGGGCUUGACUUGGCGAGCUCCCACAAUUGCCCGAAACGGCUGGGGGGCCAUAGUUGGCAAUCUCGGUGAAUCUGCACACAAGACCGUCUACGGCGACAGCCAGCCUGACUCAAAGCCGUUGUUGCGUAUUCUGCCUACUGGGCCUGCGCACACAGCGCUGAAGAAGUUCAGAAACAGGACGACAUAUUCAAACGUUGUCAAUGACGGCAUUGUCCCACUGAGGACAAGUUGCCUUUUAUUCUUGGACUGGCAGGGCCUAGGACGUGUCGAAAAGGCCCGUCGAGAUGCAGGCCUUGUUGAGACGGUUGUCGGGUUUGGUUGGGCUGAAUUAACCGGCUCAAGCAUGUCCACUACCACUAACAAAUCAAAGCAGCAGCUUGUCCUGGAAACGGGUCAAGAAUCAGGGUCAACCACACCUCGAGAAAAUGCGCAGCAAGUGCCACAGCCAGAUGAGCAUACCAUGGAAGAGGACGACAGGGCCAGCUUACGUUCUAUACCGACGCCUUUUAGCGAAGGCAGCCAACAUCAAGACCAACCCAGCCCGUCCAUACAAAGUCCGUUGUCAAGCUUCUUCAGUCUCUUCAAGAGCAGCGAGCCGCCCAAGCCGGAUAUAAUGUCUAAGAAGCAAAAGAAGAUGAUCCGCCGAGCACAAACCAUCAAGUUUGAUUCGCAGUCGCAAACUUCGAGUUCCAGUACCUCUGAUAUAUCCAAGACUACAAAGGCAACGUCUGGUCAUGAAUUCGAAGCUGGCGAGAUAGGUGGUGUGAUGGCACCUCCCAAGACGACAUUUUUUGAAUCGGCUGGUGACCUUCUGAAUCCCAAACUGCCAGAUGUUGACUUCUUAGUCGACCCGUCAAAGCGGCCAAGAACCAUCUUCCAUGACAGGGUGUAUCAGCCCUCUGACAUCCCUCCACCGCCUCUCAAACGCCGUAACACCCCCUCACUCAUGCGUAAGACUUUUAAGACCUCCUCGUCGCAAAAGUCAGCGGAGAGCGGCUCAUCUUCGCCAUAUCCGACUAUCAACCACGAAGACUCCCUCGCCUCUGCCCAAGACUACGAUGACACCACGCACACCGGCCCGGAGGACAGGCAUCCCAACGAAGCCGUCGACAGCUCUGGUAUGCGGGUUGAGGAAAAGAUUGCGCGCGGCUAUCAUAAGGGUCUCGCCUGGCGCAAAGUCCUCGUCAAGCUCGAGCCCGACGCGCACAACAACAUCAUUGUGCGGCGCAUGUUCGCCAACGCGUACGGGUGGCCGGUGAUGAAGCACAUGGUUGACGUGCACUUUAGCGACUCGGUCAUUGCACGCAUGGCGACGCGUGACGAGCACCUGGGUGAGCGUGCCCUGGAUGCGAACCAGCCGCCCGACGCGCACGGCUGUGAGACGAAGCACCUGAGCGAGGCGCUUGAGGCUACUCUCAUCGUUGACGAGGGUAAGCCCGCCGCCGGCGACAACGGCAGCACCGAGUCGCGCGAUGCAGUCAUGGCGCUGCCCCCGCCGAAGAGCCCCGACGGGGACGGCCCCCCGGCCUGGCUCGCUAACGGCGGCCGCGCGGGCUCGGUGACGUGGAGCGAACGCGACUGGGUCGAUAGCGACGACAACAGCGACGCGGAAGCGACAACUGGCGAGGAGAAGAAGGCCGCAAGCGCCAAGGGCGAAGGCACGCUGAGCCCGCCGUCGUGGAAGUGGGCGGCAGAGAAGAUUGUGGGCAAGAGUGCGACGGCUGGAAGGAAGAGCCCAACACCGGAGCAGAAGCAAAAACAGGCAUGA